ACCUGUGCCUUUCUUUCUAAUAUUCCAGUUUCGUGUCUGGGAUUUUAUUGCAGGAGCGCUGCACCUUGUGGUUAAUCAAGGUCUACGAGUGUCUUCUUGUUUUGGGAUUAUUUUUUUCCAUGACAGGAUAGAAAACACUUCACUGGAUUUGGGCCGAUUUUUGCGAAGAGGGGUAUAUUAUAGUUUAUAUUUAAGUCAGAAUAGACAAUGACGAAACACUAGAGAUGCUGCUGCUCCAGCUUGCUGUCUACAGUUGUACUGCUGCUGUCUGUUUGGGCUCCAAGAACGACAAUGACAGCAGGGAAUACUGUUAUAGUGCCCGUAUUCGCAGCACUGUACUGCAGGGUUUGCCUUUUGGAGGGGUUCCCACUGUCCUUGCCCUCGAUUUCAUGUGCUUUCUGGCUCUGCUGUUUGUCUUCUCGAUACUGCGAAAGGUAGCAUGGGAUUAUGGACGUUUGGCGUUGGUAUCGGAUGCUGACAGGCAGAGACGUUCGAGGAAUGAAAUGGAAGUACAUGAAUAUGUUGCCUCUGCUCUUCACUCCGAAACUCAUGAUCGUUAUGAGAGGUUAACUUCCAUCUCAAGCUCCGUGGAUUACGAUCAGCGAGAUCAUGGUUUCUGCUCGUGGCUGACAGCCAUUUUCCGAAUAAAAGAUGAUGAGAUUCGGGAUAAAUGUGGAGGCGAUGCUGUGCAUUAUCUCUCUUUCCAGCGCCACAUCAUUGGGCUUUUAGUGGUCGUAGGGGUGAUGUCUGUAGGCAUUGUGCUGCCAGUCAACUUCUCAGGAGACCUGCUUGAAAAUAAUGCCUACAGCUUUGGUCGAACAACAAUUGGAAAUCUGAAAUCAGAGGAUCAGUUAUUAUGGUUGCACACUACCUUUGCCUUUUUUUACCUUUUGAUGACUGUAUACAUUAUGCGUCGUCACACAUCUAGAAUGCACUACAAAGAAGAUGACCUGGUAAAACGCACUUUAUUUAUAAAUGGACUGUCAAAAUAUGCUGAGCCUGACAAGCUGAAGAAACACUUUGAAGAAGGAUACCCAAACUGCACAGUGUUAGAAGCUCGACUGUGUUAUGAUGUAGCCAAGCUGAUGAGCUUAGAUGCAGAAAGAAAAAAGGCUGAACGUGGGCGGGUGUACUUCACCAACUUGAAGGAAAAGGAACACAUCCCAACAAUGAUCAAUCCCAAGCCUUGUGGUCACCUGUGCUGCUGCAAUGUUAAGGGCUGUGAAAAAGUUGAAGCCAUUCAGUAUUACACAGAUUUGGAAGCUCGUCUUAAGCAGGAUUAUGCAAAGGAAAAAGAAAAAGUGUAUGAGAAGACACUCGGGAUGGCCUUUGUCACAUUCCAGAAUGAAGCAAUGACAGCAGUAAUUCUGAAAGACUUUAAUGCAUGCAAAUGCCAAGGCUGCAAGUGUAGAGGUGAGCCACAGACCUCUGCCUACAGUGAUCGUCUACAUGUUCCAAAGUGGACAGUGACCUAUGCACCAGAUCCCCAGAAUAUCUACUGGGAACAUCUCUCCAUUGGAAAGCUUUACUGGUGGAUCCGAUGUUUAAUUAUCAACAUUAUCCUCUUUAUGCUUCUCUUCUUUCUCACAACACCAGCCAUAAUCAUCUCUACUAUGGACAAGUUCAAUGUUACUAAGCCCGUGGAGUAUUUGAAUAAUCCCAUCAUCACACAAUUCUUCCCAACGCUGCUGCUAUGGGCAUUUUCUGCACUUCUUCCUACGAUAGUAUACUACUCAACAUUCUUUGAAGCACACUGGACAAGGUCAGGAGAGAACAGAACUACAAUGCACAAGUGCUACACUUUCCUCAUCUUCAUGGUUUUGUUGCUGCCUUCUUUGGGUUUGAGCAGCUUGGACCUCUUCUUCCGAUGGCUGUUUGACAAAAAGUUCCUGGCAGAAGCUGCAAUCAGAUUUGAGUGUGUGUUUCUUCCAGACAAUGGAGCCUUCUUUGUUAAUUACGUCAUUGCUUCUGCAUUCAUUGGGAAUGCCAUGGACUUGCUACGGAUCCCAGGGUUGCUUAUGUAUAUGAUACGGCUUUGCUUAGCAAGGUCUGCAGCUGAACGAAAGAAUGUGAAAAGGCAUCAGGCAUACGAGUUUCAGUUUGGAGCUGCAUACGCGUGGAUGAUGUGUGUCUUCACCGUUGUCAUGACGUACAGCAUCACAUGUCCCAUCAUAGUGCCAUUCGGUCUAAUGUAUAUGCUUCUGAAACACUUGGUGGACAGAUACAACCUUUACUAUGCCUACCUGCCUGCGAAGCUGGACAAGAAGAUUCAUUCAGGAGCUGUAAACCAGGUUGUAGCAGCCCCUAUCCUCUGCCUCUUCUGGCUGCUCUUCUUCUCAAUUCUUCGCACAAAGUUUGUGGCUCCAACAUCCAUGUUUACGUUCGUAGUACUGGUCAUCACCAUCGUCGUCUGUUUGUGUCAUGUCUGCUUUGGUCACUUCAAAUACCUCAGUGCUCACAAUUACAAGAUUGAUCACACAGUAGAAACAGACGUUGUUGAAAAUGGGCGUGCAUCUACUAAUUCGGUACCACAAAAAACAGCUCAACAGAAGUACAUCGCUCAGGUCUUGCAGGAUGUGCCGGUUGAAGAGGCUCAGGAUAGUGAGGAGCAGGGCUCCCAAGAUGAAGGACUGUUGAACACGGAUUGCAUCAACGAAUCAGACUUUGUCUCUGGAGAAGACUGUCUAAUAGACAAUGAGGUCCACCAGUAAUGGAAUGGAAUAAGUGGGAGGAGGGGAGUCAGAAGAAAGUGAUGAAUUGCGAGAGUAAAGUGAAGGACUGGUGUCUUCUUUAGCACACUUUUAUUACUGUAGAUCGGCAAUCCAAGAAGAGUCGUGAGCACUGGCGUCUGCUGUGUUAAGUCUUUUCCAAUAUAUCUGUAAAACCGGGGCAUCUGCUAAAGAAUCCCCCCAACACCAGUGAUAAGACUAAAAGGAACAGAUUUUCACACAAGGUUUAAACACUACUUCUCUUCCCUGUAAUCCUCUUAACACUUUAGGAAGACUGAAGACAUCAGCCAGUCGUGCACCAGUCUCUUCUGCUCCCAUUGACCAUUACAUUUAAAACAACUUUGCACUGAACCGUCUUGGUCUGCUGUCUCCAGUGCUGCUACUGUACCUCACCAGGACAAUAGAACUGAAAAAAUAGUGAUGCUGUUAUAAUCACCCACUACUGGUAUGUUGGGUGGACUAGGUGUAAAUAAGGGGGGGGGGGACAUUCAGGUGGGAGAAGUCUCCUGUUCUACAAUUAGUUCAUAUUUUAGAUAACUAUAACCAAAAUGAUGGCUAACAGAAAUUGUCUGGGUUGGAAGUGGUCCAGUAAGUGUUUAUCCGUUGCACUCCACAUUAGUCAGACCUCACCAUGGAUAAGUUCACAGGAUGGUGUCUGUUUUCACAUUUGCUAUAAGGUUUACUUUUGGCUCCUUUGAUUGAUUAAUAAAUUGCCAGGAUGUCAGGAGACAGAACAUAUUGCAUUGAGACAUCACCUAGUUUGAUUUUUCUGCCUUGUGGAUUCAUUAGUGGAAGAUACUUGACAAAACAAGUCAAAACUCUAACCUGAUUAGGUGUGUCCCUUCUGUUUCACCUGUGCUGAUUUGUUGAUCACAUGCUACAGAUGUGGUGUGAUACAUCCCUUUGCAUCUUGCGAUGUGGGCACAAGUGCUGCAGACAUUUUGUGUUGCUAGAGUGGGAGUUUAUAGAAAUCUGAACUUGGUCAUCUUGCACGUUAAAUGUUCUCCAGGAAACAGGAGUGUCAGGGUUUAUGUGAACUUAUCCAUUUUGCUGUUGCACUCAUUGUAAAUAGGGUCAUUGGGGACUUUUUAAAAAGGGAAUAAUGAAUCGUAAUGUAUGCUGCUGCUGUGGACUAAAUUAGUGCACCAACAUCUUACAGACUACUGGGAAAAUGAAAUGGUAGAGAUAAUGGAGAAGAGAGCAUGGAUAAGAACUAGCUUAUCAGAUGAAACACACACUUCUUGAAACUAGUUUGAAGAAAUUAGUUUUUACAUGGUGAAGACAGGGAAACAUAUGGUAAUCUAGUUUCACUGAUAUAGGCUGAAAGGCCACUAGUAUAUUAAUUACAGCCUAAAUUUGUAAACCAAAUAGUCAGUGUUUGAAUCAUAGUAACAGUCAUUCAGUGCACUUUUCCUCCAAGUAAAUUCAUAAAACCUAGAUAUGUAAAGUGUACAGAUAUGAAAGUUGAUGCAUUAAAAUAACAGAAAUAAGGACACGUAAUGUCUGUUGUAGGAAUACACACUGAAUAUUUCCCACUACCCAUAUUCAGUGCUCCCCACACUUAGCUGGAUGAGCCUAAAGGGCCUUUUUUCCCUCAAUGAAGCAGUUGCACUUGCUUGUUACUUAUAUCACAUUUGAACAUUGCUAUGUUCUUAAAUAAUUGGCCUUCUUGUCAAGCUGUGGGACUUUGGGCAGGCUGUUUUAUACCUUUGCAGAUUUUUUCACUUGAGACAUAUGGUCCUGUAUAUAAUCAGUUCUUUAAAACAUAAAAAGGAAUCAUUUUGAAUUGCAUGGAUGUAGUUCUGGUGAAACUGGUAUGGCUGAUAAUAUCCUGUGGUUAGUAAUUUGACAGUGGCUAGCUAGCCUAUCCCAUCAGCUGCCUCAGAAGUGGAUAGAAUGCUCCAUGUUAUUUGCUAGGUUUGAAUCAAGUGCCCAUUUGCUGUCUCAGUAUUCAUUUGUUCCGAUUUAGUUUUCUUUGCCUUUCAGAGUUACAGAUCUUCCCAGAUUAUAAAAAUAAGCAGACACUGCUACUGUGUUAAUAAUGGCUUGUGUCUUAGUAUGCUGUCGUAAGUCAUACUACAUACGGCGUGGAUAAUUGAUAUAUGUAGUCAUUGUAUGGUAAACAUUCUGUUAAACAAAACGUAAUUCCACUGCUCAAGCAGAUUGUGCACAAAAUAUCAUAGUGUGGCAGUGGGUGCAUCUACUUGGAUUAUUCAGCUAGAGUCUACACAUACUAAAAUGCUAAAGAAUAAAGAUACAUAUUUUUUAAAUAUACCUCUGUUUAAUUAAACCCCUCUGUGUUUCUCCUCUGUUACUGGGUUCCUUCAUUUGGACCGGCUAGUUACUUUUGCUGCUUUGUGGUGGGUUGGUAAACACAGUAGGAAAAUGAUCUACAUACAUAUAUUAACAAAGGCAAGGGUGACAUCCCAGCAAACAAUUUUAAGUGUUGGUAGAUUUCAGUGAAAUUGUAUUCCCUUAUGUGUGUGUGUGUGUGUCUCACUCUUUUUGUGCAGAACCUUCAUUUGCUCACUGAUAGUUUUAAGCAUGUACUUCAGAUCACCUCGGGAACUGCUGCUCUAUGACCCAGAUGAACCAAGACUCCCUAAUAAUUUAAUGAUGCAGUGUCAUAGACUGGCAAGAUUUGAAUAGGCAAGAAGUACUGUGUUGCAUUCAAGGGUAUGAUUAAUUGCAUCUCACAACCCGAUUCAUCACGGAGUACACACAUAUAUAUAUAUAUAUAUAUAUAUAUAUAUAUAUAUAUAUAUAUAUAUAUAAGUUCUGUUGAAGAUACUAAUAGGUGUACAUUAUUACUAAACAAAACACUUAUAGCUUUAAUACAUACAUUUUUUACACCUCUGACCUGCCAUUGCCUUCCUAAGUCUGGACCUGCAGAUAUGUACAUUUCCAAUUGGGCAGCCCUUAAAAAGUUAGAUGAGUACUGUUACUACAGUGUGGUGCAUUAAUAUAAUACGAGAGAGGGAAGGAAAAGUAUACCUGUACAUUAAAGAAUGUGAAGAAAAAUGCAGUAAGUUAAAUUGCUAGUUGUUCAGGUCAGUAGAGUUUAAUGAAUUACAUUUGUUUAACCCUCAUUGCCUGUUCAGUUAACCAUGGUAAUUCACUGCAGUUCACUUCCAGAACUAAUGACUGCCUGGACUCCUUUACCAUUUACUAGUGAAAUAAAUCUAAUUGCCAGGUUCUGGUUGCACAUGUAUUUCAUCAGGCUAACUUUGCACUUAUUUCUGUUUUAUUGUCUUUUUCUGCUGCUGUGGCCACUUUAUAUUGCUGUAUAUCUUGUCUUUUUGAGUAUAUUACUUUGUGUAGUAACUUCUGAACUCUCCCCCACACUGUCUGUUAAGUGGUUUUAGUUAGUUCAAAGCUUAUAGAAACAAUAAUCAGUGAACACAUUGGGAGAAAGGUCUUUUUUCUAUAAGAUAAACCACUUGUGACACUAUCUUAUUUGUUUACACAAAAGCAGAUUUGUUAGUGUAAAUUUCCACCUACACCUUGGUGCUCUGAAACUGUGUGCAUAAUUUUAUACAUGUGUAUUUUAUGUAUCAUUAAACAAAACAGAGAUCUCUCCUCAAAAGGCUGCAAGACUCUGAAUAAAGGGAUAGAGCUUCCAGGCUCUCUUGAUAGCUCCAGGACUUUAGGCCUGUGAACUUUUUGGUUAGGAACCUUUGAUACCUUUUGUGAAAUACACCACAAGGUGUGUUCUGAUCGAUACUGAGAAUGAGGGAAUGAUUACCUCUGUAGACACUGAUGAUAUUCCUUUGGUAAUUUGCUGUGUUAAAAGGGUUUUAUGACAACCUUUGUUACAUAAUGGUCAAAAGAAAGAGAAUUAUAAAUCCAAGUGCCUAGGUCCUUGACUACAUUUUCUUUUUGUAGUUGCAAGUUCAGGGACGGGGUUGUCUAACAACAGUGAGAAUACUACACCUUUUAGCAUUUAGUUUGAGCCCAUUUUUAGUACCCCAAGAGUUUACUAGGGAGGGGUUAUUCUGCUUGGUUUGGGCAUCAGAUGGUGACUUAACUCCCAUUUAGUGGUCGACUGUAAACUUUGUGAGCCAGCUGUUCAUUGGGAUGUACGAAACAGCCUCAGAUGGAUAAGGUAGAAGACCUUGGUACCUAACUGUUCAGAACUCCAGAAUUUUGAUUGAUGGGAACUAGGGCAGACUGCAGACUGCUUUAUCAGUCCAUCAGCCUCUAAAAGAGCAUUAAUAAGUGCUAAAAAGUGUUGUUAGUGCAAGAAAACAUGUCAAAGCAUCUUGUAAUGAUUCUUCCUACUGGAGGUUACUGAAGGUGUGGUGCUGUUUCAGUAUUACAAACAUAAGAUGCAGGGUUUGAGUCUCACAAGGGAUAAUUGGCUAAGCCUACAAUGGCUUACAAGGGCAGUUAGCCUAGUACUAACCUAUGAAGACCCACCAACUGCAAUGGUCUUUUCUUACGUUCAGCUUCUCUCUUGAUCAUCAGUGUUCUGUUAAUGUUGUCAAAUAUUUGUUUCCCCUCCACAAAACCACAUUUAUCAUUGUCUGUCAAUUUUGGCAUCUUAACUAAUCCCAUUCUUGACCAAAAGAACAGUCGACAACUUCAACUGAAACCGUGUAUGAAUAUAUGUGUAUAUAUGCAUACAUGUAUACAUUAAUUGCCUUUCCAUCAUUCCAGGCAUUUUGUAGGUAACAAUCCAAUGCAGACUUAUAUUUUGCACUAACUCAGUGAUAGGGGAUGAGGAAGCUGGUACAGAUAUGACCUAAUGAAUUUUCCUCCACCAGUUGCAUUAUCUCCUGAAUAAUUAAAUUGGUGUUACAUGUGCCUCCCCCAUUAAACAGAGGCAAAUAUUUGCUUCUUAAUUAAUGGAAUCGGUGAUGCUUUUGCACAGUGCCAGCCCCUUCCCAUCAGGGAAGUGAUACAUCUGUCUGUAGCCUGAUUUGAUCCUGUAUCUCACAUGUGGUGGUAAUUGGCAUUCCUUCAUCAUCAGUUCAGCAACAUACUUUUAAUACUUUUAGAAAGCUGAUGUGUGAGGGCUGGUGUUGUAUGUAUGUGCAUAUAUAUGUAUAUCCCAGAUAGGGUAACCCAGAGUUAUGUUAAUGCAGGUAGCAAUGCAUCAGAGAUGAAAGUCUGAAGUUUAUAAGCCAAAGGAAGACUUUGAAGAGAAAAGGCUUGAGCCUAAAAAAGAAAAACAAAAAGUGUGUGUGUAUGUGUUUGUGUGUAUUUACACACACACACACACACACACACACACACACACACACACACACACACACCAAAUUUUGAAUACACCACAGCAUGAUAUUCACAAGGAUGCGCAUGGACAUACUUCAACAUGGAUAAUACAAAAUCAGCUGUCAGUGUGAAAGUAUAGUAUUAAGAAUAAUAAUAAUUAGAGCUUGACAUUCUUUCGAAGUUACCCACAACUGUGACAUUUUACCCUUGAAGAUGAAGCCCAAGGUGAUAUACAGCAUCAGAGAUGGGUAAAACUGCAUGACCAGGGAAGUAAAUACUGUGGGAAGAAAUAGCCAGGGAAUUGUUAUGGCUAGGCUUGUAUAGGGCCUAUAGCUUAGUACCAACCUAUGAACCAAUAGUCCUGGCAGAGUUUUUGCUUUUAAACAAUGGCGCUAUUAAAAAAAAUCUCACUUUCACUAAUGUAAUACGUCCCCUGUAUUAGCAUCACUCCUUGAUUCCCUAGUGUAGUUUCUCUGCUUGUUUGACACAUUGGCUACAUGUGCAUGUGCUCACAUGUGUAGGUGCACACAGAACUGGAACUGUAGUUUGUGUUAUUGAUGAUGUGUUUUUCACUGAGUGGGUGUGCAUUCCUUGCCAGUGCGACAUUUUUUAAUGGUUAAAUUGUUUUAUUGGCAUCGCAAAACCAAGCAUAAACUUAUUCUAGAGUUUUCAGUAGAUCUAGUCAUUUCUGUCAUGCCGGUAGAUUCAUUUAAUGAGCUUUCAUUUUCAUGUUAGAAAUGGCAAUGGCAGACCUUUUUAUUGAACUGGUUAGAUUUAUGUUUUUAGGAAUUAUUUUAGAGGCAUUGUAUGCUAGAAAAAAAUGUUUUAUUUUGUACCUUGUUUUUAAGUUCUUUUCUAAGAAAAUGAGGCUGUUCUUUGGAGUGAUAUUGUUAAGCCUUACAAGUAUGUUUCAUCAAAAAAGUUUUUUAAUACAGUAUUUACAUAUUAAUUUGCGUGUAAGAACUUUUGGGAAGAACAUCUAUUAGCUACUAACUUUCCAUACAUCACCAAGCUGUCCAUUCGUUAUGGCACAAGUCAGUCUGUCUCAUUCUGAAUAAGUUAUUCUUGUUUCCCAUAAUUUUAACUUAUGAUUUCUUGAAAGCAUUUACGUAAAAGCAAGGUCAGCAUAGCACCAAGGCAUAGAUAUAGUGCAGAACAUGAAAUGCUUUCAUGUGUAUCGACUGGAAUUAAAAUAAGGUGGCCAAAAUCAAGACGUUUAUUCUAAAAUGAAUUGUCAGAUGUAUUACCGAAAAGUUUGCUUGGUAUUGGGUACCAAGUUAAGAUGAGCCCCCCCCCCCCCAACACUGAAUUGCACUUUCCUUUUCUACAUUGUGCUUGCCACCAACGUGUGGUAUGUUGUCAUGCUCUUCUAACUUCUGAGAUCAAUUUUUGACUGGUUUCACUGGAUAUUUGUUGACCCAUUUCAGUAGGUUUUCUGUAAAAUGUUGCUUCCUGGCAUCCCACCUGAUUCUGUAAGUUAUCUUUAUGCUUCACUUUUCUUUAUUGUAUUUGUUUCUGUUGAUAUUAUAUUGUUCAUUCUGGUGUAGUAUGAUUAAACAUCAGACAUCACUCUUCAUUUAAUUUACAGAAUAAAUGUACAGAAUGUCCCCCCCCCCCCAUUUAGAAAUUAGCUUUGUCAUACGGUUUUCACUUUUUAUUCUCAACCCUUGGACAUGAACUUGUGCAUGCACAUAAAUAUGGCCAUUUAAUACUUCAUAUUGGAGUCAAGAUAGUUUGCAUAUUGGGUGUAUCUGUAUUCAGGAUGAGGAUUAUGAUUAAGUGUUUUAGUAAGCAAGUGAAACAGAUGUCUUGAUAACUUUGGUAUUGCUUUUAGAUGUCAUUUCCUUUACAGAUUGUGGUGUUAGCUUUUUCACUUUAAAUGUUACGUUCCCAGUAGAAGGCAUUUACCUCCUUGUAGUUUAUGCCUUGAGUACUAUGUUGAUGUGGUUCACAGUUCCGUAAAAAAGUAUACAAGUCAUGCCUCUAAGGUUUUGGGGAUAAAACUU